CAGGUGACCGCGGGCGGGCGGGUGGCGCGGGCGUGUGGGGUCCCGAGCGCGAGUGAGGCGGGACGGCGCGGCGUAGACGCGGCCGGCGCGCCGAAGUCGCCCAAGUUUUGCGGGAAUAUGGCGGAAGAGUCCGACCGGCGCAGCAGCGCUCGGAGCACGAGUAGCUACAGCCGCUAGCGCCUCGGGGCGAGGUCGUCGCCAUGGCCCGCUGGAUCCCGACCAAGAGGCAGAAGUACGGGGUUGCAAUCUAUAACUACAAUGCGUCUCAAGAUGUGGAACUCUCCUUGCAGAUCGGUGACACCGUCCACAUCCUGGAGAUGUAUGAGGGCUGGUACAGAGGAUAUGCUCUCCAGAACAAAUCUAAAAAGGGUAUUUUCCCUGAAACAUACAUCCAUUUGAAAGAGGCAACUGUGGAAGAUGGAGGGCAGCAUGAGACCGUCAUUCCUGGGGAGUUGCCACUGGUUCAGGAACUCACGAAUACUCUACGAGAAUGGGCCGUCAUCUGGCGCAAGCUCUAUGUGAACAACAAGGUCACAUUAUUCCGCCAGUUGCAGCAGAUGACAUACAGUCUGAUUGAGUGGCGCUCCCAGAUCCUGUCUGGGACACUCCCCAAGGAUGAGCUAGCAGAGCUGAAGAAGAAGGUCACGGCCAAAAUUGAUCAUGGAAACAGAAUGCUUGGACUAGAUCUGGUUGUGCGUGAUGACAACGGAAACAUCUUGGAUCCAGAUGACACCAGCACUGUUGCCCUUUUCAAAGCCCAUGAAGUUGCUUCUAAAAGGAUAGAAGAAAAGAUCCAAGAGGAAAAGACCAUUUUACAGAAUCUGGACUUGAGAGGCCAGGCUAUCUUCAAUACUGUCCAUACCUAUGGCCUCUAUGUGAACUUCAAGAACUUUGUCUGUAACAUCGGCGAGGAUGCGGAGCUGUUCAUGGCCCUGUAUGACCCAGACCAGUCUACUUUUAUCAGUGAGAACUACCUAAUUCGCUGGGGCAGUAAUGGGAUGCCCAAGGAGAUAGAGAAGCUGAAUAACCUGCAAGCAGUGUUCACCGACCUCAGCAGCACAGACCUCAUCCGGCCACGCAUCAGCCUCGUGUGCCAAAUUGUCCGGGUGGGCCGCAUGGAGCUGAAGGAGGGCAAAAAGCACACCUGUGGCCUCCGGAGGCCUUUUGGAGUGGCAGUGAUGGAUAUUACUGAUAUCAUACAUGGGAAGGUGGAUGAUGAGGAAAAGCAGCAUUUUAUUCCCUUUCAGCAAAUUGCCAUGGAAACCUACAUCCGCCAGAGACAGCUCAUCAUGUCACCCCUGAUAACCUCCCACGUGACUGGAGAGAAUGAGCCACUCACUUCGGUUUUAAAUAAAGUGAUAGCUGCAAAGGAAGUGAAUCACAAAGGACAAGGUCUUUGGGUGUCCUUAAAGUUACUGCCAGGUGACCUCACCCAGGUGCAGAAGAACUUUUCACACCUAGUGGACAGAUCAACAGCAAUAGCUCGGAAAAUGGGCUUUCCAGAAAUAAUCCUGCCAGGAGAUGUUCGAAAUGAUAUUUACGUCACCCUGAUCCACGGGGAGUUUGACAAGGGGAAGAAGAAGACACCUAAGAACGUGGAGGUGACCAUGUCAGUGUUUGAUGACGAAGGCAACCUUUUAGAGAAAGCCAUUCAUCCUGGUGCUGGGUACGAAGGCGUCUCGGAGUACAAGUCAGUGGUGUAUUACCAAGUCAAGCAACCUUGUUGGUACGAGACCGUCAAGGUCUUCAUUCCUAUAGAGGAGGUCACACGCUGCCACAUCAGAUUUACCUUCCGACACAGAUCAUCCCAAGAAUCCAGAGAUAAAUCAGAGCGAGCUUUUGGGGUGGCUUUUGUGAAACUGAUGAACCUGGACGGCACGACCCUGCAGGAUGGGAGACACGAUCUGGUGGUAUACAAGGGUGAUAAUAAGAAAAUGGAAGAUGUAAAAUACUAUCUGACCCUGCCUGGGACCAAAGCAGAGUUGGAAGAAAAAGAACUCCAAGCAUCUAAAAACCCAUCCGUCUUCACACCCAACAAAGACAGCACGAAGGACAGUUUUCAGAUUGCCACCCUUAUUUGUUCUACAAAGCUCACCCAGAACGUGGACCUGCUCGGCUUAUUAAACUGGCGUUCCAACUCUCAGAAUAUUAAACACAACCUGAAGAAGUUGAUGGAAGUGGAUGGGGGAGAGAUUGUUAAGUUUUUACAGGAUACACUAGACGCACUUUUUAACAUAAUGAUGGAGAUGUCAGACAACGAAACAUACGACUUCCUUGUGUUUGAUGCACUGGUCUUCAUUAUCUCACUGAUAGGAGACAUCAAGUUCCAGCAUUUUAACCCUGUACUUGAAACCUACAUAUACAAGCACUUCAGUGCCACGCUGGCACACGUGAAACUCUCCAAGGUACUGAACUUUUAUGUGGCUAACGCUGAUGACCCUAGCAAGACGGAAUUGCUCUUUGCUGCUUUGAAAGCCUUGAAGUACCUGUUUCGUUUCAUCAUCCAGUCCCGAGUGCUCUACUUGAGAUUUUAUGGCCAGAGUGAAGAUGGAGAUGAAUUUAACAACUCGAUCCGCCAGUUGUUUCUUGCUUUCAACACGUUGAUGGACAGGCCUCUAGAAGAAGCUGUCAAGAUCAAGGGGGCAGCUUUGAAGUACCUUCCUAGCAUAAUUAAUGACGUCAAACUGGUGUUCGAUCCCAUGGAGCUCAGCGUGCUUUUCUGCAAGUUCAUUCAAAGCAUUCCCGACAACCAGCUGGUCCGCCAGAAGCUUAACUGCAUGACCAAGAUAGUGGAGAGCAGCCUUUUCCAGCAGGCAGAGUGCAGGGAGGUGCUGCUACCGCUGCUGACAGACCAGCUCAGUGGCCAGCUGGAUGACCACUCGAGCAAACCCGACCACGAGGCGAGCUCACAGCUUCUAAGCAACAUCCUAGAGGUGCUGGACAGGAAGGAUGUGGGUCCCACUUCAACACACGUGCAACUGAUCAUGGAGAGGCUGCUGAGAAGGAUCAACCGGACCGUGAUUGGCAUGAGCCGGCAGUCUCCUCACAUCGGCGGCUUUGUGGCUUGCAUGAUCGCCAUCUUACGGCAGAUGGAGGACAGUCACUACAGCCACUACAUCAGCACCUUCAAAACCAGACAGGACAUCAUUGACUUCCUCAUGGAGACCUUCAUUAUGUUUAAGGAUCUGAUUGGAAAGAAUGUGUAUGCCAAAGAUUGGAUGGUCAUGAAUAUGACGCAGAGCAGAGCUUUCCUCCGUGCCAUCAAUCAGUUUGCUGAAGUUCUCACAAAGAGCUUCAUGGACCAGACCAGUUUUGAGCUUCAGCUCUGGAACAAUUACUUCCAUUUGGCUGUAGCUUUUCUCACCCAUGAGUCCCUCCAGCUCGAAACUUUCUCAGAAGCCAAGCGCAACAAGAUUGUGAAAAAAUAUGGGGACAUGAGGAAGGAAAUUGGCUUCAGGAUCCGGGACAUGUGGUAUAAUUUGGGGCCUCACAAAAUCAAAUUCAUCCCAUCCAUGGUGGGUCCCAUUCUGGAAGUCACUCUGACCCCUGAAGUGGAGCUCCGUAAAGCCACGAUCCCCAUUUUCUUCGAUAUGAUGCAGUGUGAGUUCAAUUUGAGCGGCAAUGGCAACUUCCAUAUGUUUGAGAAUGAGCUGAUCACAAAGCUGGACCAGGAAGUGGAAGGUGGCCGAGGAGAUGAACAAUACAAGAUUCUUCUGGAAAAGCUACUCUUAGAGCAUUGCCGGAAGCAUAAAUACCUCUCGAGCUCCGGGGAAGUCUUUGCCCUCCUGGUCAGCAGCCUCUUAGAGAACUUGCUGGACUACCGGACCAUCAUUAUGCAUGACGAGAGCAAGGAGAACCGCAUGAGCUGUACAGUAAAUGUUCUGAAUUUUUAUAAAGAAAAGAAGCGAGAGGACAUAUACAUAAGGUAUUUGUACAAGCUUCGAGAUCUGCACAGAGACUGUGAGAACUACACAGAAGCUGCCUACACACUCCUCUUGCAUGCCGAGCUGCUGCAGUGGUCGGACAAGCCCUGUGUGCCCCAUUUGCUUCAGAGGGACAGUUACUACGUUUACACCCAGCAGGAACUUAAAGAGAAACUGUAUCAAGAGAUCAUAUCCUAUUUUGACAAAGGCAAAAUGUGGGAGAAAGCCAUCAAACUGAGCAAGGAGUUGGCUGAGACCUAUGAGAGCAAAGUAUUUGACUACGAGGGUCUGGGCAGUCUCCUGAAAAAAAGAGCCUCGUUUUAUGAGAACAUCAUUAAGGCCAUGAGGCCCCAGCCUGAAUACUUUGCUGUGGGAUACUAUGGACAGGGUUUCCCUUCCUUCUUGCGGAACAAAAUCUUCAUCUACCGGGGUAAGGAGUAUGAGAGGCGAGAAGACUUCAGCUUGAGGUUGCUCACCCAGUUCCCCAACGCUGAGAAGAUGACCAGUACCACGCCACCAGGAGAGGACAUCAAGUCAUCCCCAAAGCAGUACCUGCAAUGCUUCACUGUAAAACCUGUUAUGAGCUUGCCGCCCAGCUACAAGGACAAACCGGUUCCAGAGCAGAUCUUGAACUACUACAGAGCCAAUGAAGUGCAGCAGUUCAGAUAUUCCCGGCCGUUCCGGAAAGGAGAGAAAAACCCAGAAAAUGAGUUUGCUACCAUGUGGAUUGAAAGGACCACAUACACGACAGCCUAUACCUUCCCUGGGAUCCUCAAGUGGUUCGAAGUAAAACAGAUUUCAACAGAAGAAAUCAGCCCGUUGGAGAACGCCAUAGAAACCAUGGAGCUGACCAAUGAGAGGGUCAGCAACUGUGUACAGCAACAUGCCGGGGACCAGUCCCUCUCUGUGCACCCGCUCUCCAUGCUGCUCAGCGGCAUUGUGGACCCAGCUGUCAUGGGGGGAUUCUCCAACUAUGAGAAGGCUUUUUUUACAGAAAAGUACUUACAAGAACACCCUGAGGACCAGGAGAAGGUGGAGCUGCUCAAGCGGCUGAUUGCCUUACAGAUACCUCUGCUCACAGAAGGGAUCCGCAUCCACGGGGAGAAGCUAACAGAGCAGCUUAAGCCACUGCAUGACCGGCUGUCCUCAUGCUUCCACGAUCUGAAGGAGAAAGUAGAGAAGCUAUAUGGGGUCAUAACGCUGCCACCCAACUUGACGGAGAGGAAGCCGAGCCGUACGGGCUCAAUGGUACUGCCCUACAUCCUGUCCUCAACGUUGCGCAGGCUGUCUGUCACCUCUGUGGCCUCUUCAGUGGUCUCCACCUCCUCCAACUCUUCUGACAAUGCACCCUCCAGGCCAGGAUCUGAUGGGUCCAUCCUGGAACCACUGUUUGAGCGCAGAGCCUCAUCGGGAGCCAGAGUUGAAGAUCUGCCACCCAAAGAAGACAGCGAAAACCGGAUGAGCAAGUUCAAGAGGAAAGACUGGAGUCUGAGCAAGUCACAAGUCAUUGCAGAGAAAGCGCCAGAACCUGACAUGAUGAGCCCAGGCAGAAAAACACAGAGGCCAAAGAGUCUCCAGCUCGUGGACAGCCGGCUGACACCAUUUCACAAUACUUCACCUCUGCAGUCUACAGCCUUGAGCCCACCUCCGCUCACUCCCAAAGCUACAAGGACCCUAAGCUCCCCAUCUUUGCAGACAGAUGAGCUGACGACUUCUGCCCCUCCUCCACCUCCCCCGAAAAGCAAGCCCUAUGAGAGCAGCCAGAGGAACUCAGAUGAGAUUGCACCCCCACUGCCUGUCCGGAGAGAAGCCAAAGCCCCGCCCCCACCACCUCCAAAGGCUCGAAAGUCAGGCAUCCUCUCUUCUGAGCCAGGGUCUCAGUGAAGAUGUCAGCCUGGUUCUGCACCUCAGAGUGCCUUGGACCACUGUUGCCCAAGAAUGACCCCUAGAAAGGGUGGCCUGCCAUGCAGGGCUCCCUGCCAGCACUGCUUCCCGCACUGAGACGAUUCCCCAUCUCAGAACUGUUUGUUCAUCUGAGGACCAUGCCACACCCCCUUUAGCCCAUGUGGCCUUCUGUAUCAUGAACAAGCAAGUGCUGUCCUUUUCCCGUGAUGGCGUGUUGGCCUCAACCACUGACUUGCUGGAUCUUCGGGUAUUUGGAUGCCUCCUGCCAGCUCUCCUGCGGCAACUGACUCCUGUGUGGAUUUCUCAGAUUGCUUCGGAACUGCUGUGUUUAAGACUUCUUUUCUUCUCUCCAUCUGCAUCCCUACCCUGCCUAACCUCCCGAGAGCCAGAUACCAAGUACACUCCAGGAGCUGCCAUGCUUCCUUUCCCUAAUGUCUACUGGUGCCCUUGAGGGAAAGAGCACUUGUGUGUAUCGGAGGUGGGGCCACUCUCUGGUGUGGUUGGCUUCUCCAGGAUUCCAUGGACUCACAUUCUGGCACUCUCCUUUCCCGAUGAAUGGCCCCCACCAUGCAGCAGUCACGUGCUGUGCCUCGGGUUCCUUUGAAAUUCUUUUGCUCGCUCUUUCUCAUCCCCUUCUUCUCUCUGAGCUCACAUCCUGGGCUCUGAGGGACCUAGGAGCCAUGGUCCUACAAGUUACAUUUCCAGACUGUUGACCUGAUGAGGUGGCCCCUGCCUGCUACUUGAUUUUACCCUGGAGAAUACAGUGCAAUAUUCCCUUUGAUUAUUUAUUCCUCUUGAUCAUAGAAUUAAUCUGAUUGCUUCCUAAUGGUACUAAUGUCCAUAUUCCUUUCAGAAGGAAAAAUUAAGGUGACUUUGAUGCCCAAAUAUUAUGUUCACAUAAGUACAUAAAUGACCACAAGAUGUACAGAUGUUUUGAGUUAGACGGGUUUUAAAAUUCACACAGACACAGACACACACACACACUCACUCACCUCGUUUUGUAGGUGAGGAAAUCGGGGCUACCCACAGAAAGUGGACUACAGGUUUUUUUCUACCAGCCCAGCUUGCUCACAUAGGAUGUACCCAAGAUAGCACAUAGAUCCAAAAAGGCAUCUCUAACAAGGUCCCGGUGGUCUAGCCCCAGCUAGGGUGAUAUCUGAAAAGCUCAAAUAGUUCUAUCAGACUUGGGUGUUGAUGCAAAACUGAAGGCCUUUGUGUGGCUUGAGGCUACCCUGGGCUUCUGGAAUCUGUCAGCAACCUUGCCCUUAAUCUGUCCUUCCAAGUUCAAGUGCACGCAGGGAUUUCAGCUGGGAGAAUCUGCACCUGUCUCCCUGUUCUGCUUUGUUUGUGAGGCUCCUUUCACUACCGCCUUUGUUAAGAGAGAUGCACCUGGUUCCUCACAGCAAUCAAGGCAGCCAAAGCCAGGGACAGGCCUGGCACAGCACUCGAGAAGUCAGCGUGCCUAUCCUAGAAAUACCACGCCAGUCUCUGUUCUUUAUUCCCAUCAAGGAGCACCCACAUGUGAGCUUGGAAAACACACAGGCUCUGGAAUUUUAAACUGCUCUGCCCUGAAAUCCCAGGUGUCACUUCCCAUUUGAAAUUCUCUGAGGGUUCGCUUUCUCACUAUUCAAGUAGAGACAUUACCUCCCACACAGGUGCUUACGGGGUGCCAUUAAGGCGGAAUGGGGUCAUGCAGUCAGCGACUUUCUUUUUCUCUCCUAGACCUGGGUAAGAUUUGAUGCUGUUCAUUUUUCUUCAAGGUAUUUGAGGGUGAAUUCAGGUAUGCAGGUCUUACUUAAAAGAUGGUGGCCUUCCAUAUGCGUGGAAGGGUUAGUAAGAGUUGGAGAUCGUUUUAAGUGAGAAGAUCCAAGCCCUGCAAAGAAGCAGGAAGGCAUCAGAAGGGUGAUAGAGGGGGCAUCCAUGGAGCUUGGGAAGAGCCCUAGCAGACUGACUGGAAAGGAUUUAAAGAUGUCACUGUACUUUGCAGGCUGCCAUGGAAACAGAAACUGGGUGGGAAAAGAAGAGCAAAUCCCCAGCCUGUUCUUGCAGAUCAGUAGACAUGAGUCCUGAGUUUUCUUUCUGGGCAAAGCUGGACCGGUUGUUGUCCAGAAGUACCCUACCCCUACCCCUUUUCCAGUAGGGCAUUUUCCACAUGAUUCCCUUUCCACUUUAAUAAAAAUAAUAGUUUUCAGCUGCCUUGACGCACAGGACUCUGGGUGAUGUUAUAGGUACCGAUUUUACAGGGCACUGGGAGAUUCACUUCUUUGGGAAGCUGUCUUAGGGUUUCUAUUGCUGUGAUAGCUUGUAGCAAGUUGACAUAACAACAAGAAGGGUUAAUUUGAUUAAAAGAAAAAUCACUGUCCUGAAGUUGAAGACUGCAAUGAUGUUAAAUUUAGAAGGGACAGGAAGCAGGGGGCAAGAAGGACCAGUUUUUACUGCCCUUGCUAACCUGGCUGAGGAAUGGAAAGGCAGGGAACUCAGCCCUGAGAUUGUCACAGUCUUCAUGAAUGAAUGUUGACCGAUGGCUUUGAGUUUGAGGCAUUGUUACAUCACUCUUUUCCAUUCCCUCUCUGCCAUGGUGACUUGUCUUGCUUUGAGAUUUGUUUUAAAGAAAAUAUACCCUUGCUGGAGGCUAGAUACAGUACUAGCCCCUUGGUGCACUCAAUAGAAACAUCCUACUAUGCAAUUCACUCCAGUGUGUUAUUGGAUCAGAAAGUCAGCGCUAUAUGAGAAGAAAAGCCCUAAGUAAGGCUGCUUGGCAGUGGAUGGCCUCCACCUCCACCUCCACCCCUUGCUUGACAGGGACACCCAUUGUACACUUAGCCACACUGCAGACCCCUUGGAUAAAGCAGGGUGUCUCACAAGAGCUCAGAUGCCAUGAUAGCCACCUUUGUCAUUGAUUUCCAAGCUGAGUCUUUCCCUUCCAGUUGCCUCCAGACUGAGGGGCGCAUUUUCAUUUUGCAACUUAUGUACAGUGAGUACACAAAUCACAGGAGUGCAGACAGAGACAUCAUUAGACAGCUAGAUACCCAUGUGACCUUUUCUCAGACAGACAUGACUCCUGUAUCCCAGAGGGAGCCUGCGUGCCAGUGGCACAAUUCUCUGAGACGUAAUUGGGAGGUCCUUCCAAGUUUGUGCCUUCACCUUCACACUUCUCAGGUAUAAUGAAAUGGAGACAAGGCCUGCCCCAUCGACACAAGACAGCAGAGAUGAUGAUUCACAUUGCAAGUCCAUAUUCUUGUCUGUUGUAUGUUUGAGACUGCAUGGACUCAGUCAGUUUCCUUCUGCCCUGGCCUUCAUGAUUCUAAGGAAACAAAGUGAGACCUCUGUCCAGAGGCUUUUGCUGUAUGAACUGGAAUCCACAUUUUUCAACCUCUACUGUUGCUUUGAGCCUGCCAGGCCUGGCUAUUCUGAGCAAAAGAUUAGUGAAUAUUAAUGAGCUUAGCAUCUAUUUUUUAGAUAUUAGUUCAAAUUGUCCUCUAACUUUCUGGGACAGCCUGUGGAUAAUAGUCUUCAGAGUCACCAGGCUGGCCUGCUGUGCCUAGACCUCCAGUCCCUUGCUAAGAGACACACUUCCCUUGAGUGCUUUGGAAAGUUGACAACUACUGCUUUCUUGGACACUCAUUCCUCUCUUAUUUAGAAUUCACUUGGAAGUGUUGAAGAUAGAGCUCACUUGGCUUAGCUUUGCGAGGUUCUGGGUCCUAGCUCUGUACAGCAGAAGAAAUAAUAAUUGGAAAAAGUGAAGCUUCUCUUUGGGUGGGUUCGGAGUUAAAUGAUUCAUUGUUAUCUAUGGGAGGAAUCGUUUUCUUUCCAGGGCAUUAAGUCUUCAGGCCCAGCGCAGUCUGUCUCCCACAUGCAUGCCCAAGCUCAUCCCUUCAGUCACCUCUUAUGGGUUGUUCACCACGAUUUUAUAAAUAAUUGGAUUUCAUACAUAAACAGUUAGGGAGAUGUGUGUUGAAGAGUUUUGUUCAUAUUUGCUGUUAUUUAUUUUGUAAAUUAAAAUGGAAAUGUAUUUUAAAGUUUACUAUGUGUUUAGCUUGUUAUUGUUUUUAGAUGAUUAAAAUAUGAUCAUGGGCUUAAUGGUUUUUCCCUAGUAACAGCUCCUUCAAGACACUUCACCCUCAGGGCCCUUCAGACUGAUUUCAUUACAGAUCUAGAAAUGCAUACUGUGGGAUCCUGGUGUCUGUCUUACAUAGAACUAAUAAAAUCUGCAAUCUUUUCA